GUGAAAAUAAAGGAAGAGGUGCAUCCUCGCAGGCGGGUAAUCGUGGAAAGAAUCAUUCUGAGCAUGGAGGUAAUCUAGGGAAAUCCAGAGGCGGAUCUAACGGAAAGAAUCAAAGCAAGCAAGAAAAAGAGGAGAAAUCCUCAGGAAACACCAAAGAGAAUAUGAGUGACAAUAAAGGAAGAGGUGGAUCCUCGAGGGUUGGUAAUCAAGGAAAGCCCAGAGGUGGAUCUCAUGGAGGGCAGCGUGGUGGGCAGUCAGGAAGAGGAAAUCCCCCAGGAAAUGCCAGAGGUGGAUCACAUGUUGGACAGCGUGGUGGGCAUUCAGGCAGAGGAAAUCCCUCAGGAAACACCAGAGGUGGAUCACAAGGUGGCAGUGAAUUUUUUAGGGGUGGCUAUCAAGGACAUCCAGUACAGCGGCCAGGGCAACAGAACUUCCAGCCUGGAAAUAAUCAGCAAUAUUAUCCAAGUCUGCCCAUAGGUUCUAAUGUACGUCAACCGAUUAACCAGCCAGGGUCUCUUCUUGGAAUACCUCCACAAUCACAAGAUUUUUUCAGACCUCCUCAAAUGGGAAAUCAAAUGUAUCAGCCACCACCCCAGCAAGUACGGAUGCCAAAUUAUGGAGGGCCACAACAGCCUAAUUAUGCAGGGCAGCAACAGCCCAAUUAUCCAGGGCAGCAACAGCCCAAUUAUGCAGGGCCGCAACAGCCCAAUUAUCCAGGGCAGCAACAGCCCAAUUAUCCAGGGCAGCAACAGCCCAAUUUUGGAUUUAAACCCUAUCUUCCACAGGCACCACCAAGACCACUUCUACCACUAAAUCCUGAGGCAUCAGCUGGUUCAGCAAAGUUUGUUUCCAAGCAUCCAGUGAUGGCUUUAAAUGAAAUGAAGAAACGUGUUGAAUACAGGGACUGCCCUACCAAUAAUGAUUUUGUGUGUGUUAUUGCAUUGGUUGAUGGCAAGUCUUAUGAAGGAUAUGCACAAACCAAAAAAGACGCACAGAAAAAAGCAGCAGAAGAUGCCUUGAAGGACCUUUUUAAUAUCAUCUGUGUGGAAGGUCCUAAGGAAGAAGAAAAAGAACAAAAGGAGAGGAAAGAAAAAAGUACAGAGUCCAAAGUAAAACAGAAAAAGAAUGAUGAACUUGAGGAUGAGAAACUCAUUGAUGAAAUGUUAGAGGGAAACAAGAAACAAGGGGCACAAGGUGGAAGCAGGCAGGAGCAACAAAGGGAAAGACAAAACAGUGAGAGUGGUAUGAGUAGGCAGAAAGAGGACAGUGGUGGAAGUGAAGAGCCUCAGAGAUGAAGAGGUAGAGGUGGAAGAAGAAGGAAGGGGAGAGGAGGAACGGGUAUACUGGAAGAUGGGGAAGAAAUGCCAGGAGAGGGUGAUAUGGACAAUGACUCUGACAAUGAGAGUGUGUGCAGCCAUGUCUCACAGUCAGGUGGUAGAGGUCGUGGUAACAGGAGAAGAGGCAGGAGAAGAAAUGCUCCUAAUCAAUCCAAUGGUGAUAGAGAUUCCUACCAAAGGAAUGACUCUGACAAUGAAAGUGUGUGCAGUCAGAGUUCACAGUCUGCACGAGGAAGGGGUCACAGAGGAGGCAGAGGUAGGGGUAGAGGAGGAAGGGGAGGUGAUCCAGGGAGAAGUGACAGAGGUCAGGAGUCUAGCCAAGACGGUAUGACAGAGCAGCCCAGUCGAGAAUUUGACGAUGAUGCAGAUGUUAGCUUCUCAGAGGCUAAGGUAUUCAAAUUCCUGGUGAGUACAAUGGAAGGGUGUGCCAGCAUAGCAAAAUUCAAAGAGGAAUAUACUCCCUUGCCUCCGAAUUUCGAUGAGUGGAUAAUGGAACCUAGGAAGCGACUAUCCAUUUUAAAAAAGAACAACAAACCUCUAAUUAUUAGACCCUUUCUCAUCAAUGCAACAGUUUGUGUUGAUCACAUGGGUUUUGGAGGAAAAAAGAAAUGUGAGCGUAAGGAUUGCAGCCAUUUUCAUAUUUGUAACUUCUUCUUGAAUGGAUGGUGCAAACGUGGCGUCAAAUGUAGAAAAGGGCAUACAUUUACAAAGGGUCACAAUAGGGGCUUGAAAGCAAAACUUGGCCUUAAUCCUUUUAAAGAUGCAGAAAUAAAAACCAUUGUACAGUGUAGGUAUCCCCAGAUUUGCAACAGAAAAAGGUGUCCAGAGGGAGAUGAUUGUCCUUAUCUUCACGUCUGCUUUAACUACAUUCGAGAUAAAUGUGAAGAUUCUAACUGUCCUCGAGGACAUGAUUUAGAGACCUCUCACAACUUGUGGGUCCUCUCAUGGCACAGGAUGGACAAGUGGACCAAGGAGAAAUUAGCCCUGCUGAAGUUUAUCAGCAACAUGCCACGAAAACCAAGAAGCAAAAAGGACCCUGGUGAUGGAGCGUCCACCGUUGAUUUUUCUGAAAUCAUGAGUAAUGUGGAUGAAUUGGAGUUGUCUGAUGACAUGGAUGAUGAUAAAGAUGAAGAAGAAGAAGAUGAUGACGACAUUGAGGAAGAUGAUGGUGAGGAAGAGGAAAAGGAUGUCUACCGUGGAAGUUAUGGAAGAGACCUUUCGAAGUCAACAGAAGAAGUCUACCCCCAGAAGAGAAGACUGGAUAGAAAAGACAGAUGGGCAGCUGGCGUGGAGGACACAGAAUUCCUGGAGUGUGGUAGAAAGCCAGACACUGAGGCAUCCAUUCCAGGUAAUAUUGCACCGGAGGCAACAUCAAAGAGUAUAACAGAAAAGGAUGCCCACAAAAAAGACAUCUGUGUCAGUAGUUUGUUGGCAGCCUGCCAAGGGAGGGACUGCGAUAAACAUCACACCCCCCUCCCCUACCUCUGGCAGAUCCGUAUCUAUGGCGACUGGGUCAGCUUUGGUGACGAAGAAAACCAGAAACUUGAAAAAAGCUACUGCAGUCUAGGGAAUGUGGAAGGAGGGGAAGUGGAAUAUCAAGAGAGAAGAUACAGGGUUCACAUGAAAUUUAACGAGGAGAAGGGAGUCGUGUAUGAGAUAAUCCACGGUGAUGAACCACUGAGUACACAAGACGUUUUUGCCAUCAGGCGUCUGUCCACGGCGUCGUUCGCUAAGGAGAGGAAGCCGUUGGCUGUCGGCUCCUUCCACACCCAGUGGAGGUGGUACUACCAGGAUGAUGCCAAGCAGUGGGUUCUGUAUGACAAGGAAAGAUUCCAGUACACAUUGGAGAAGAAAUAUCUCAGCGGACAAAAGAGUUAUCUUUUUACAAGAGAAAGCUACCGAUUUAAGUAUCGGAUAGAUUUUGCAGGUUUGCAGCAGACGAAUAUUGAUACAGAUAAAGUUCGCAAGAUUCUCCGUCGACCAGUGUUUCUCUCGCUGGCAGAUGUGGCAGCAAAAGCCUUUCCUCCAUACCUUGCCAUAUCCUAUCCCGGCUCCAGACCCCCUGGUUGGGCCCCAUGGGACUUGGAACAUGAUUUUGAAUUAGUGGACUUAGAAGAAUCAAACAAAGAGUUCGUAGACGUCAAAUCUUCUUUCUUCAGCACACUUAAGGAGGACAAUUUCCAGAUCUGCAAUAUUUAUCGUGUACAGAAUCUGGAGCUCUGGAACGAAUACAAAAUGAAGAAGUCCAAUAUGGAAAGAAUCUGUGAGGCAAGAGGUGGAAGCGUGGAUGAGAGAAGUCUCUUUCAUGGCACAGAUUCCAUAAACACUUGUUAUGGAAUUUGUACUACCAAUUUUGAUUUUAGAUUGAGUGGGAAAAAUGCCACUAUGUAUGGUCAAGGGUCAUACUUUGCUACUACUUCAAAGUACAGCAAUUGCUACACCAGAGGUCCAUUGCGGUUGAUGUUAAAAGCAAAGGUUCUUAUUGGUAGCUACACCAAAGGGGAGAGGGACAUGAAAUGUCCCCCGAUCAUGGAAGGUCACAGGCGGUAUGAUUCUUGUGUAGAUAAUAUGGCCAACCCUACAAUAUUUGUCACUUUUGACAGAAACCAGAGCUACCCAGAAUACCUGAUAGCAUAUAAAGAGAAAGGUGAUGAUCUUGUUUCGCCUGCUCCAGUUUCAAUGCCUGUGAGCAGGCCAACGUCUUUAAGAGCAAGUGCUCAGAGUUCAAAUACAGGGACUGCUAAUGCACAUUCUGGCUAUGGCCAGAAUUUUUCUAGCAGUUCUUACAUUUCUUCUAGCAGUGCUCAAGGCUAUGGAACUCAAGCGAUUAGUGCUCAGAAUGCUGGUGCUCAACCUACUGUGAGUGUAGGUCAGGUGUACAACAACCCUUUACAUCUUACACCAGUAUCUCCCGCUACACCCCCCGAUUUACCUGCUUCUCAGGUGAGUCCAGUAGAAUCGCCUGGUCUGUCUUACCGAACGUCUUCCGGGCGCGUGGAACGGAUGGACUAUCCAGAACGGAGGAGGAAGGAUGAUACCUGCAGUAUCCAGUAGCUUCAGUAUCCGUAGAUACAGAGAAAGAAGGAUAGCUGCAGCAUCCUGUGCUAAGGAUAGGGAAAACCUUUUUACAUAAAAGACUUAAACAUUCCUUUAUAUUUCUAUUCUAAGUUUUGUAUUGUUGAUUACAAAUUAACAUUUCAAUGUAUUUCUCUUCUAUGUCUUGUAUUGUUGAUUACAAAUAGGUCAUGAGAAUCAUAUAUGUUACGGAUGAAUUUGUACCUAAGCUAGUAUACCUGUAAUUAUUUGUUAAUUAAGUAUCUUUUGUUUAUAGAUCCCACCAGUGUCAUGAAACAACUUGCUAUGAUUUUUGAAUUUUUUUUUUUAUUCAUGAGUGAAAGGCUCACUGAAAGCCAAAUCUGAUAAUUGUUAUUGUUGGAGACGGAGGAUCAGAUUACAAAUCACUUUUCAGAAAUAUUGUUGAAUAUUUGUUGUGCAUUAUGUAGAAAUCUUCAACAAACAAUGGGUUCAAGACCUUUUUUCAAUCAGUUUUACUAUAACCCAGUACCGGGUAUGUUAAACAAGCUGCACAAACUUGCUUUGUUUGUUCUCAAACCAUUGGUAUAUGGAGAAUAUCAUGGUAUAUGACAGGAGUUGUGUUGGUAUUUUAAAACUUGUCAGCCAUUUUUAGCUGUAAUGGUUGUACAUACUUGUACUUUAAAUCACUAGUUAAUGGAAAAUAAAAAACAUUAUAUUCAUAUGUGAAUAUCAGAGAAAUGUUUGUAUUUUUCACCUACGUUGAUAUUUUUCCUAUUGAAGGUUCAAGAUAAAAACAUAAGAGAGUUGAUGUGAAGAGUUGGUUAUUUUACAGUAGACGUGACAUACUAGAGUUGUCACCAGCAUGUCAGUCUCACUGUACACAUAAACACUGAAUUUAUAGCGAUUUGCUGUUGUAUGUGGUACAUGUAUUUUGUUAUGUGAUACAGAAUGUGCCAUAAAAAGUGAUUGUUACAUUGAUUAAGAAUAUCUUAUUGCUAUAAUCAAAAAUGAUGUAUGUACUGUAUAUUUAAGAUAUACUAAGUAUCUAACUGAUAUAUUUCGUAAUGUACUGGAUUAUUUAGACAUUGAAGCAUGAGAUCAUGUCGAAAUAGCUAUAUUAAGCACCUCAAGAAAGAUCAAGGUUUAUAACGUUGGUUAUUACAAAUGUUACGGAAAUCUUUUUAGUAAGGAUACAUGCUUUAUAGUAAGGAUACAUGAUUUUCAGUAACAACACAUGCUUCUCUGUAAGGAAAUCUUUUCAGUAAGGAUACAUGCUUUUCAGUCAAGAUAAAUGCUUUUCAGUAAGGAUAUUACAUGCUUCUCAGUCAGGAUACAUGCUUCUCAGUAAGGAGACAUGCUUUUCAGUCAGGAUGCAUGCUUUUCGGUAAGGUGACAUGCUUCUCAGAUUUGUGGAAGGGAAUACAUUUAACAAGAUAAAAUCUGUCACCUUGACCUUGAAUGGUACAGCCAUGACAUCUCUUUCACAAUUUAAAAAAAUUAUGCGUAUCUUUAGAGUUGCUUAUAACCUUGAAACACACAUGUAACUAUGAAUAGUAGCUUCCCAGUAAUGAAUAAAGAUAUAUACCAGUAUAUAUAGACCUUGAAUGAAGGUCAGUUGAACAAAUCUACACAAAUAUGGUGAAAUGUUAUUCAAUUCUUAAUUGUAUUUUUAAUUAACCAAACGUUAAUUGAAAUAUGAAUGAGAAACAGUAGCCACAAUUAGUGACAGGAAAGCUUACUAAGACUGAAAGAUGUGCCAUAAUCUAAUGCCCUGUUCACACGGAGAGUUUAAUUCGCAGUAAAUUAAUGCAAAGUAAACUAAUUUGAAUUGAAAUAAUGCCAAUUAAAUAGCGUUCACACGACAGCUAAAUCGAAGUAAACUAAUGCGAAUUAAAAUUUUAUAACUACAAAAAGACUAUUCAGUAAGGCUAUUAUGACGUCAUUUGUAAAUCACGUCAUGUAUGCAGAGCCAUCCAUUUGAAUCAUAGUGGCUACAGGGAUACAAUUAGUGAUUACCAUGCUUUUCCUUGAUUUUUGAACCAAAUGUAACACAGAUACCUAAAUCUAACCAUCAACAUGUGUACUGUGACUCAGUUCUGGCCUUAUGCAUGCAUCAAAAUUUAAUUCGAAUAAGCUUCGCUUAGCGUUCACACAGAGUUAAUGCGAAGGAAUUUAAUGUGCAGUAAAUUAAUUCGAAUUAAACUAAUUCGCAUUAAAUUCUCCAUGUGAACGCUAAGCAAAGCUAAUUUGCAGUAAACUGACGUUUAAAUCGAAUUGAACUCUCCAUGUGAACAGGGCAUAUGUUUAAAAUUUGUAGAGUUUUUUUUAUAGAUUUUUCAAAUUUCUGUCUAAUAGAUAUUCAUCCUAUUGAGAUUGCCCACAUUUUGUCAAAUUCUCACCAUUAUUGCACAGACGAGGGCAUGUGUGUAGAAGAAUUACAUGCUUAGUUUGGACUUUCAGUAAGGCUUGGCAUUCUCGACGUUACCUAAUUAGCUUCUGAAAUUUACACAGCUUCCCUUCACUGUUGAAAUAUACAUAUGAUAGAAAUGCGGCCGAAUGUCAACUGGUGUAGUAAAUAGCCAAUUAAAAGUUCUCUCACGGCACAGAGGUGGGGCAUAAGUCGUCUGAUCGUUAUCAACAACAAUUUUAAGUUCCUAUGUUAUUAAUUUCGUAACCAAUGAGAAUCUACAUGUACUAGUAUUCUCCAUUACGUAGCACAGAGAAAGUCACGCCCUACUGAAAGUCCAAAGAUGGGGUAAAAUACUCAUUGCUUGAUUAGUGAAGUUAAUGGGCAUGGGGAGGUCUAAGAAUACAUAUAUUGAUAUAAAGCAUGAUUUCUUGAUAUGAAAAAAGAUUAUUUGUACACAUGUAAUUUCAGCACAUUUACAUAUAAUGUAUGACUUGUAGCCUAAGUUCAUGAAUCAAACUUAACAAUGAAAUGUAUAUGAAAAUAAAAUCGGUCUAUGUAUUUAAAGAAAAAUAUGUUAGUAUAUGUAUGCUUAUACAGUGUAUUGCAGUGACAUGUCUUUAUAAUAACAAAGGUGUAGGAAUUUUUUUUUAAUGCUUUAUUUUUAAAAAGUUUUCUUCCAAACAAAAGAAGGUGUAAGAAAUUUUUGCAUUUUGAUUUUGAACACUAAUUACUGGUUAUUUUAAACAAUAAUUUUGAGUACUUGUAAAUCACUAAUGAAUAUUGAUCAUUUGCUUGUUCACAUUAUUAUGCUUUCUAAUGAUAUUUAGAAAAAAAAAGAUGUUAACUUUCUGACAAUUAUAACCACAAAAGUUAAACUUUCUAUUUGUGUUUGUAAAUUAAUCACCCCCUUUUUUUAGCUCAAUUGAGUCAAAGGCUACAAGAAGAGACUUUCGGAAUGAAAUUGACUAGGAAAAAAGAGAAUGCUUUGAUCUGAAUUUAGAUUUAAUAAAUAGUGGCCAUGAAUGAUCAAUGUCUUUAGUAUAAAAAAAAGUAUGUAAGGCCAUCUUUUAAAGACUUCUUUUUGCCCUCUUGACUUUGUGUUAAAAACAAUUGGGAUAAUAAUUUUAAAAGUAGAUGAUUUUUUUUUUCAAGAAAAAUGUCAACAUACUUGUCAAUGAGAUGAGAAAAUUCUUGAAAAAACUUUUUAAAAAAUUUAUUAAAAAUAUUGUUUCUUGUAGGUUAAAAAAUGUUUUGAGUUGGACCAUUUUAGUCUGUUGGUUGGGAGAGGGCAAACAAAAAAGUUUUUUUUAAAGGAUGGCUACAUUUGUGUAAGAUGUCCAUUUUAUGAUAAUGUAAUGCUAGUCUAGCUAGUAUAGUGUGUUUUCCUUUCUUCCUUUGGCUUUUCUUCUUCCCUCAAAACAAAGUUUGGGAGGAUAUACUGGAGGCUGUAUGUCUUUUUUUUUUUUCAUCUUUGAAGCUUAAUUCUAGACUUUGUAGAAAUGAUAAAACUACAGUUUGAAUAUGUGCUCCUUGUCAGGUUUUGUAAAAAUUUUAAAAAGUAUUUUAUUUCAUCAUAAUGUACAUAACUAGCAUUGAAAUAAGAGAAGUAAAAUUCUUAUCUGGACGUAUUUUUGAAAUCCAAAAGAAUUUUAUAGGCUAGUACCGUACUUCAUACAAAGGUAGCUUUCUGCCAGAAGUGCCUACAUGUAUAAUGAUAUUACAUCAUUGUCUUUUAGACAAGGUCAAAUUCACACACUAGGCUACAAAAAAUUACAAUUAAGUCUGUGAUAAUUUUGAAUGAAUGGAAGAAACCUGACCCAAACAAAGAUGUAAAUGUAAACUGUAGCUGAUGAUCCAUUAAAAGCAUUUUCAUAUUGUGCUUGCAUGGCUCAAAGGUUGCAUUUGGCAAGAAACAAGUGUGAAACAAGCAGUUUGUUCAUUUUAACAAAAUCACUUAGAUCUAAGUGUAAAAUUAUUUUCUUUUGCCAGAUAAGUUGACAAUAAGCCAGAACAUUUAGGACAUUAAUUAGUCAAGGUCACAAUGUUCAGAUGUUUGAAUUUCUGCAUGAAGGUCACAGAAAUGUAACAUUUUUAAAAUAAAAAUUUACAUGGAAGCUUGAGCAGCAGGAGGUUAUACUUAACACAAAGGAGUAUUCUGAGUUAAUUGUUACAAAAUAAACAUUUCAUGUUUUUGCACUUUUUGGCCAUGACUCCUUCAUUCUAGAACAUUUUCCAAAUCCACACAAGAGUGUUACAAUCUUCAUUAAGACACAACAACAUUUAGGCCAUGGAAGAUUAAGCAAGCGUGCAGAGUUCUUUGAAAUAUAUUUUUUAAAAGUAUUUUCUUUCAUUUAGUUGAAACAGGUAGUUUUUAAGUCUUGUUAGAAAAUUGCUGUUGGUUGAUUAUUUUCCCUUUCUAGUUAAACAUUGCUACAUGUUUUGUUCUCUGUUCAUUGCUUUGUUUAAUUUAAUAAAGUUGAAUUAAA